AUGAAUUCGUGCGUACAAACGUUUGGUAAUAGAACGUAUGAUUUAAAUCUUUUAAGUAGAUUUGUAUUGAACGGUACCGAUACGACUCGCGGUAAUAGAUUUUGGUUCGCACCAUGUAACUCUCUUCCAAAAGCAGUGUGUGGUUAUGAAGUUUCAGGGGCAAUGAGUUGUGAACUAGAUAAUAGAAAUGAAUUUGAUGAAUUUGUUUCCUAUAUGGAUGGUUACAGAACACCGAAUGCAACAUAUAGAGAAAAUCCAGAUGGUCCUGGUACAGGUGUUAUUAUGAUAACACAAAAUUGA